AUGGCCGUGAUCGCGAGCGAGAACACUCCUCUUCUGAGGGAAGAUGUUGGCGACAACAACGGCACAAUCCAUCGAGAAGAAUCCCCCGACGACAGCAGUUCGCGCGACAAGAGAGAGGCGGGUUCUAGCACUCAGGUGAAAUACAUUGUUGCAAUUAUUUCCUUUGGGGUCUUCCUGUCUGCCGCCGACCAGACCAUUAUUGUUGCCAGCUAUGGGAAAAUCGGGAGCGAUCUCAACGCGCUCAACUUGACGAGCUGGAUUGCGACUUCGUACUUCCUGACCCUGACGUCUUUCCAGCCAUUAUAUGGAAAACUGAGUGACAUCUUUGGACGGAAACAAUGCUUGCUCUUUGCAUAUGCUGUCUUUGGCACGGGGAACCUGUUUUGCGGCCUUGCACAGAAUAUCAGCCAAUUGAUUGCGGCAAGGGUGUAUCAAGGCAUUGGAGGUGGUGGCAUGACAACAGUUGUCAGCAUUCUCUUGAGUGAUAUCAUCCCCUUGCGGGACCGGGGCCUUUGGCAGGGUGUGAUCAAUAUUACAUAUGCCACUGGAUCCGGCAUUGGCGCUCCACUGGGUGGCAUUUUGGCCGAUUAUAUUGGCUGGCGUUGGUCUUUCAUAGCACAGGCACCCAUUUGCCUCCUGGCAUUCAUUUUGGUAAGUGUUUCACUCAAGGUUCCCAAUCCUGAAACGGGUGAUUGGCGGACGAAGCUCCGGCGCAUCGACUUCCUCGGCGCUGUCGUUCUCGUGGGAGCUGUGCUGGGCUUUCUGCUUGGCCUGGAUCGUGGAAGCAACGUAUCUUGGAGCAUACCGAUAAGUUAUGUGCCCUUGGCUGUGUCUGCAGUUUUAUUCAUUGUCUUUGUACUCGUGGAAAUCUAUGUCGCGACAGAACCGUUUGCCCCGGGACAUCUUAUAUUCGAUAGAGCGCUCUUUGCAUGCUACGCAUGCAACUUUUUCAGUUUCGGAGGAUGGCUGGCUGGCCUGUUUUAUCUCCCGCUUCAUUUUCAAGCUGUUGACGGCGUAUCGGCAACCGUGGCUGGUGUGAGACUCUUGCCUUCUAUCGUCUGCGGCGUGUCGGGGUCUCUACUGUCAGGUUACCUGAUGAGACGGACUGGAAGAUACUAUAAUAUCACAGUAUUUGGAUACUCAUUCCUUACGAUUGGUCUAACUGUUGUCUUUCUGUUCUCCGGGGCUAUUGUGAACAACGCCAAGCUGAUCAUUGCGGGUUCCAUGAUGUGUGCCUUUGGAAACGGCAUAGGUGUUACGACAACCUUGAUCGGUCUGAUCUCUAAUGCGACUCCGGAGAAUCAGGCAGUUGUCACUGCAUGCUCCUAUCUCUUCCGCACCCUGGGCUCUGUGAUCGGCCUGUCAUUAUCUGCGACAGUCUCGCAGCAACUGCUCCGUGACAGACUGCAAUCGGCACUGAGAGACAGUGGAGAUGUUGAUAAUAUUGUCAAGGGUGUGCGAGAGUCUCUCGACUUUAUCAAGACUUUGACUCCAUCCUUGCAGGCCACCGUUCGCAGCGCGUACGGCUGGUCCACCAACAUCACAUUUGCAUUUCAAAUAGGCAUUGUGUUCUUUGCAUUGUUUAGCAGUUUUUUCAUUAAGGAGAAAAGGCUGAACUGA